AUCUAAAACAAGGAAGUGCUGCUUUACGUAUAAGAUGCACAAUCGCACAUUUUCAAUAGGUUAUUCAAAUAAUUUCAGUUUGUAUCAAAUAAACAAAGCAUUUCGAUUAACUAAAAUAUUCGUUUACCGCGGGUAAAGUCAAAAACAACCCCUACGAAUCUUCAUUUUGAUGCAAUCACCAAGGAAAAGCUGAUAAGAUGGAUGAUAUCUACACUUUGCAGCAGGAGGUGGGAAGAGGAAGCUACGGCGUGGUCUUCAAGGGCCGUGUGUCAGAGACAGGCUGGUGGGGCCAGAGGGGUGACACGGUGGCCAUCAAACGUCUACCGUGUUGUAACCCAGAGAGUAUAGAGCUAUACUUGCAGGAGCUCUGGGCCAUGAAGAUCACAGCACGAAACCACCCCAAUGUCAUCGCUCUGUACAACUGCCUCUUACAGACCGGACCAAAAACACUGCAGCCCCUGAGAUCAGGUAGGCUGCCUUUGGACUUAGUUGAGAGCACUCUUAAAGGGAGAGUAGUGGACAAAGACUCAAAAACCCAGAUGAGGAAUUCAUCCAGAUCGAAGAGGAGACUGAUGUCCAAAGAGGAGGUUCCACGACGGUGCUUUGCCCUCUGGUUGGUGAUGGAGUACUGCGAGGGAGGCGAUCUGAAUCAGUACAUUCUGUCCAGGCCUCCGGAUGCUGAGUGCAACCAUGUUGUAGUUCAACAGCUCAGCAGUGCCAUUGCCUUCCUGCAUGAAAGUGGAAUAGUGCAUCGUGAUAUAAAGCCAGAUAAUGUUCUUGUCUCUCUUACUAAAACUGGACCAGUGAUUAAGGUGGCAGACUUUGGCCUUAGUAAGAUGGUGGACAAUCCUACAGAUGGUGUCCGUAGUAGACUGACUCUAUCUUCUACCUGUGGCUCAGAUUUCUAUAUGGCUCCUGAAGUGUGGGCAGGCCGUAAUUACACAGCCCAGGCUGACAUCUUCUCUCUGGGUGUGUUGUUCUGGGCCGUGCUGGAGAGAAUCACAUUCAUUGAGGACGGAACCAAUCAAGAACAACUUGGAGCGUAUGUUAUGCGAGGCCGCUGGCUUGCACCGUUAGGAGAGGCACUAUGUGACAACCCUGACCUGCAGCUGGUCAUCCCAAUGAGGGCACGAAGGGCUCCCCCACUGCCGCCACCAUCUAACUCCUUGUGUGCACUGCUCCUGGACAUGCUCGAUUCUGACCCUGACGCCCGGCCCAAUGCAGACCAGCUGAAGAAACGGGUUCACUCUGCUAUACUGUUAUACUGACCUCAGAGCAGCAUACUAACAGAAAUUACAAUGAGGCCAAUAAUACUCAUGGACCAGUUGUGGUAUUUUACAUUGUUUAUAUUAUCAAAGUUAAAGAUUUGUUUGUUAAAUGUCUUACAUUUUGUGUGGUAUAUCUGUUACUAUAUGGUAGUAAAUUAAUUGUACAACUUUAUCAUUGAAGACUAGUGUGUCCAGUGUUUCUUGAUGUUUCAAAUUAUUUUAUACAUAUUUAUUACAGAGACAAUUAAAGAAUCAUUGAAGUAUCAAUAAUAGUAUUGUGUGAAGGCCAUAUUUUCACAGCGCAAACUUGCAUUUUCUAAAUUUGUAUUAACAUGCCAUUUUGAGUCAAAUCUUGAAAUAAAUUCUCACAAAAUAUAUUUAUUACCAAUA